AUGGGUUUUGUUCUACUACUAGCCUUCGAACUUUUCGCGGUAGUUACCGUAGUGUCGGCCGAAAACUUUAGUAAGUUUCAUCUUUAUUGUCCUCUUUUUUACUGAUAGUUUUCCAAAUAAUAAUAACAAUAGAUUGCCCUCAAAAUCCGAUUACUAUAAGUGAUGGUGCCACGGGAGCGAUACCAUCUGGCGCCACUUCAAUGGUGCAUGUCCCUGCCAACAACAAUUGCACAUUUACGGUAAGGAAGCGCUAGUUGCAAACAAAAGCGAUAAUUUCACGUUCAGUUUGAAGUCCCAAAAGGAUAUGCUAUCAAAAUGGAGACAUCCACAGUCUACGAUGUGUCCCCAGGCGAUUUUGUCAGAUUUGAUUACUUUUAGUGGGUUGAGAGGCAAUCUUUAAAGCAAACGUUCAUUUUUCAGUAUUAUCUCUGGAUCCUAUGAAGAUGUUGAGUGGUUUGUUGGAAGCGAGCUCAAUGUGACACUUGUUUCCAUUACCGGAAAUAUGACCUUUUUCGCCAAGUACGAUUAUGUCGACUGUGAGUUUGUUUUUUGACGUUACAGUAUCUAAACUUCAGUGAGAAACUAUCUACAAAUCGUCAAACCAACUGGAACCUACUUCAACUCUACUCUGGCACCAAAUCAUUUCUAUACUAUUCGAGCAGCUGAUGGUGAUCAAGUAAGUGUCUUGUCUUAUAUAAAUUUGACUGAGUCCCUCUGAAAUUGUAUGAUUAGUGAUUAUUUUCCAGGUUUCUUUCAAAACCGCCAGCCGUGACACUGGUUUCUACGAUCAUACUGUAUAUGAAGUGAUGGUGUUCGAUGGAGCCGACAUUCUGAACUCCGAGUACAUUGGAAGGAUAUCGGAACUAACACGACUUAUCGAUUUUUCGUCAACUGGCACACUCUGACGUUUUUGAACCUCUACAUGACACCAUCCGACACUUUUAUCAUUGGAAACGACUUUUCCAGUAAAAAAGGGAACAACUUUGAGCGGAUAAUAUUGUUUUUGUUACAGAAGUGAAAGGCUACGACGAGUAUCAUGUGAUUGUUGUCGAUUCUGUCAAGAACACGAGUGGAUACAUGUACAACGAGGAAAAUCAAAAUACAGACGCGUAUUACACGUUCAUAUGUGACACUUGUUCCAACUUUUACAUUGAUGUCCUCGAUUUUUCUAGUGGCGUAAGUUCCGUUAAACGUUUUUGGAAAUAGGCAGACCUUCAGAAGGAUGCGUCCGGUUAUGUGGAGAUUCGAGGAAUGUCUCCGACUCAAGACAUGCAACCAGUGCUCAACUACACGUGAGAUUCUUUGGCUUUCUGUAGGCUUAGUUCGUGGUACUAUGAUAACUGGCUAUGUUGGCUUCUUAUCAGUUUCAAACACCUAAUCUACGAUUCCAGGUUCUCUUACUUCACAAAUAUGAGCCUGCCCCAGCUAAUCCCCGCUCCAAUGGCCACCUUCCACUCCUACAGAGCGAGCAUCGCUUACGUCCUAAACUCGAAUCUCCAAUCCCAAUGGCUUGCGACUACACUCGAUCAUAAACGUUCCGUGUUUUCGCCGAAACUCUGGAAUCCGGACGCAGAUCAAACAUUCGAUUUCAAGUUUUCGGAUGCCGUUCAAGUCUACAACUUUUCAAUUGAACUUGACUCAAUUGAUCUUGUGAAUGAUGGCGACGAGUUGAGUGUGAAAGUGGGAAGUGUUGAUGGAUUGACUACUUUGAAUGAGAAGUGAGCGGUCUAUACGUUUCAUGAGUAAUCAUCGUUUUGCAUUUCAGUUACACGAAGACUUCAAUGAGUUCCGUACACAUUUCGGGAAUCGGCCGGUAUUUGUCUUUGUCCUACACCGGCACAAAGACUUCACAAAUCGUUCUUAACUUUGAAAUGAUCGAUCCUGCACCGAUUGCAAGUUCUUCGUCACCAGUCACAGGAUUUACAAUAUCCACUGGAACGGUGAGAGUCUAUAUAAACUGUGUGAGAAUAGUGAAAGUUCAGCCUUUAACCACCAAUGCACUAACACAAACUAGUGGCACUGCACCGAGCACCACUGUAGCUAACACUCCUUCUCCGAGUACUGCCUUCACCAAGCUUUCCACUUUGAGCGCCAAAGUGAGUACUAGUAGUACUUUUUACUCGUCGAGUAUCGGGUCGGUUUCUACGAAAAGCUUGACAACUACAAGCACGGUGGCCACUACGCCAGUACGAACUUCUACGUCGUCGACACCAGCAGUGACAUCAACGCCAACCGCAACACAAGCAUCAACUAA